GCAGGCCGGGCCUAUGAGGGCGCCCGCUCCGCCGCCGCCGCCGGGCGCGCUGCGGGAUGUGGCGCUGGAGCUGGGCCCGGCGCUGAGCGGCCCCCCCGGCACCGGCACCGCCAUGGGAGCGCCCGCGGGCGGCCCCGCGCUGCCCGAGCGCCUCCGGCUGCCCGUCUGCUUCCUGGGGGUCUUCGCCUGCUACUUCUACUACGGCAUCCUGCAGGAGAGCAUCACCCGGGGCAGGUACGGCGAGGGCGCCCAGCAGGAGAGGUUCACGUACGCCCUGAGCCUGGUGUUCAUCCAGUGCGUGAUCAACGCCGCCUUCGCCAAGCUCCUGAUCCGUUUUUUCGACUCCGUCAAAGUGGACCGGACGCAGAGCUGGCUCUACGCCGCUUGCUCGCUCUCCUAUCUGGGCGCGAUGGUUUCCAGCAACUCGGCUCUGCAGUUUGUCAACUACCCGACUCAGGUCCUGGGCAAAUCCUGUAAGCCCAUUCCAGUCAUGCUUUUAGGAGUGACUUUGCUGCGGAAGAAGUAUCCUCUGGCCAAGUACCUCUGCGUCCUCCUGAUAGUCACAGGCGUGGCCCUGUUUAUGUAUAAACCCAAAAAGGGGGCUGGAGGCGAUGACCACAUCUUUGGCUACGGAGAGCUCCUGCUGCUGCUGUCGCUGACCUUGGACGGGCUGACGGGGGUGUCGCAGGACCACAUGAGAGCUCACUACCAAACGGGUUCCAAUCACAUGAUGCUGAACGUGAACCUGUGGUCCACCCUGUUCCUGGGAGCUGGGAUACUGUUCACCGGAGAGCUCUGGGAGUUCUUGAGUUUUACCGAGCGCUACCCCAGCAUCAUUUACAAUAUCCUGCUGUUUGGCCUGACAAGUGCACUGGGUCAGAGUUUUAUUUUCAUGACUGUGGUGUACUUUGGACCCCUCACUUGUUCCAUCAUCACCACAACGCGCAAGUUCUUCACCAUUUUAGCAUCUGUCAUUCUCUUUGCCAAUCCCAUCAGUACAAUGCAAUGGGUGGGGACGGUCCUGGUGUUCUUGGGCCUUGGACUUGAUGCCAAAUUUGGAAAGGGAGUAAAGAAGACGUCACAUUGAGGAGAUGCUUGAUCUCUGCAGUUGGAAUGAACUUUUAAUUUAUUGUCUUGUACCUCAAAGUCUGUUAUGAAACUGGACUCAGGAUAGGUAAUUAGAAGGGGAAUGUUUGGAUUUUUGGAUUUUUUUUGUUUGUUCGUUUUAGUUUUUUAAUUUUGAAUUGUCUUUAAGUGUAAUACUUCAGUUUUAACUGUAAUCAAACAUUAUUUUUUUUUUUUCUGUAAUCAAAGCUGCAUUACUAGAUCCUAGCAGCAGGAUGAAAUUCUUGCCUUAACAGGAAAAAAAAAUUCAUAUCUUUAUUAAAGAAAAGGAGACAAUG